CGUGUGUGUGCCUUUGCUUCAUUUCCUCUAUAAACUUCUUUCUCACUCCUCCCUCAUUCUUUUUUGACAUUUUAUUUUCUACACUUUGCAAUUUCACUCUUCUUUAUCUCUCCCCCCUCAUUUCGAUCUGAAAGAUCGAAGAUGGGAAGCCAUGGCAGCCAUUCAUGGUUCUUCUCUCUUUUCUUCUUUCUUUUCCUUUUCUCACAAACUCAUUCCUUUUACCUUCCCGGUGUUGCACCACGAGAUUUCCAAAAGGGAGAUCCUCUUCAAGUUAAGGUCAAUAAGCUUUCAUCUACAAAGACCCAACUUCCUUAUGACUACUAUUUUUUGAAUUAUUGUAAGCCCAAGAAAAUUGUUAACAGCGCAGAGAACUUGGGAGAAGUUCUUCGUGGUGAUCGAAUUGAGAAUUCUGUGUACACUUUUAAAAUGAGAGAGGAACAGACGUGUCAGGUGGGCUGCCGUAAAAAACUCACUGCCGAGGAUGCUAAAAAUUUCAAGGAGAUGAUUGAUGAUGAGUAUCGAGUUAAUAUGAUUCUGGACAACCUUCCAGUUGCUGUAAUAAGGCAAAGGGGAGAUGGACAAGCCAAGGUUUAUGAACAUGGGUUCCGUGUGGGUUUUAAGGCAAAGUACUCCGGGAGUCAAGAUGAGAAGUACUUCAUCCAUAAUCAUCUAAUCUUCAAAGUGAUGUACCACAAGGAUCUGGAAACUGAUGUUGCUCGCAUAGUUGGUUUCGAGGUUACUCCACACAGUGUUGCUCAUGAGUACAAGGAGUGGAAAGAUGAAGAUACCCAAUUGGUGACAUGCUCGAAAAACAUUAUUCAAAGUGGCACCCCACCACUAGAGGUUGAUGCCGACAAAGAGGUUGUGUUCACCUAUGAUGUCACUUUUGAGGAGAGUGAUAUUAAAUGGGCAUCCAGAUGGGAUACAUAUCUUCUGAUGAAUGAUGAUCAAAUCCAUUGGUUCUCCAUCAUUAACUCUUUAAUGAUUGUGCUUUUCCUCUCUGGUAUGGUUGCGAUGAUCAUGAUGCGAACGCUUUACAGAGAUAUAGCAAACUAUAAUCAGUUGGAGACUCAGGACGAGGCACAGGAAGAAACUGGCUGGAAAUUGGUUCAUGGGGAUGUUUUCAGACCUCCACUAAACUCUAGCCUCUUGUGUGUAUAUGUUGGUACCGGAGUUCAAGUGUUUGGAAUGACUCUGGUUACUAUGAUGUUUGCGUUGCUUGGAUUCCUUUCACCUUCUAAUCGUGGUGGCCUGAUGACUGCUAUGGUUCUGUUGUGGGUCUUCAUGGGUUUGUUUGGUGGUUAUUCAUCAGCUCGUUUGUACAAGAUGUUCAAAGGCACCGAGUGGAAGAAGAACACGUUGAAAACUGCCUUCAUGUUCCCAGGAAUACUCUUCAGCGUUUUCUUUGUGUUGAACACUCUGAUCUGGGGGGAGAAAUCAUCUGGUGCUGUUCCUUUCGGAACUAUGGUGGCGCUGAUGCUGCUAUGGUUUGGUAUAUCAGUUCCAUUGGUUUUUGUCGGAAGUUACUUGGGAUUCAAAAAACCACCGAUGGAAGACCCAGUGAAAACAAACAAAAUCCCAAGGCAAAUUCCCGAGCAGGCAUGGUACAUGAAGCCCAUCUUCUCAAUUCUAAUCGGAGGAAUCCUUCCUUUUGGAGCUGUUUUCAUUGAACUUUUCUUUAUACUGACAUCCAUAUGGCUAAACCAGUUUUACUACAUAUUCGGCUUCCUUUUCAUCGUCUUCGUCAUCUUGAUCAUCACCUGUGCUGAAAUAACAAUCGUCCUUUGCUACUUCCAGUUGUGCAGUGAAGAUUAUAAUUGGUGGUGGAGAUCAUACUUGACCGCUGGUUCCUCAGCCCUAUACCUAUUCUUAUACUCCAUUUCCUAUUUCUUCACCAAGCUGGAAAUCACAAAGCUGGUUUCUGGGAUCCUUUACUUCGGGUACAUGUUAAUCGGCUCAUACGCAUUCUUUGUAUUGACGGGCACAAUGGGCUUUUACGCUUGCUUCUGGUUUGUGAGAAAGAUCUACUCUUCCGUGAAGAUCGACUAGUUAUCGGAACAGGUCAAAAAUUUAAAGGUUUUUACUGAGAAUUCUCGCGAAUCUGCAAUUCCACUCCAAACUGCAGAAGAACAAUAUAGGAAGAUUUUGUGUUGUAGAUUUUUGUAUGUUGAAGGUCAGCUGAAUUUUCGAACAUCGGGGCACGCAGAAACAAUUUUUAUUUUGCCAGACAGAGUCUUAGACCAGGUUAUGGCUGUGUACCAAUGUGCUAUAGAAUAUUACUCCCUAUAAUAUUUGUGCUUGGAUAACAUUUUUAAUACUUACUGCCAUUUUUAUUUUUAAUAUCAACAGAAUUGGCUUUCAUUGAAUGCUCACUAUUAGCUUCUUGCUGCUGUUUGUUGCGAGGGAUGCACAAAUGCCAUUUAUUUUGCCGGCCAAUGUCUUAGACCAAGUUAUCGUAUUUUUACACCAAGAUAUGUGCACAACUAAUAUCAAGCCAUCAACACAUUCUUGUUGACAAGGUUUAAACAUUUCCAUUUCAUAUGUUUCCCUGCUUUUGAAAAAAAAAUUAAA